AUGCAGUUCAAGGUUAUCAUACUGUCUAUUGUCACGUUGGCUGCUGGGCAUGCCGUUGCCAAAGACUUCUCUAGCCAGGAGGAUGACUUCAGCGGCUUCAUUAAUGGCGAAGGUAAUGUUGUCUUCGGCAACGAGGGCGUGGCGUGCACGGUUGACGGAGAGGAGGGAGAGUGCAAUCAAUUCGGGUCGUGCUUCAGGCUCAAUGUCAACGAGGUUGAUGCACUGGCGCAAGACGCGCCAGAGUGCAUUGCAGGUGGCGAGAUCGGUGUUUUGGACGAGGAUGGAAACGUGGUUCCUAGUUAA